ACAUCGAGAGGAUGAAGAGUGAGAGAGUUAAUCCACCCUCUCAACCGUUAUUUUUAGAUAUGUAUUCAUCCCGCAGUUAAAAUGUUACACCGCCACGCGCGUUGCCUAGAAGCUUUACAUACGUUUUAGUUCACGUGUAAAAAAUUCACGUCACAGGAUUUGGCUAUUUCUAGACUUUCCUGGGAUUUCUAAACAUGGAAGUGAUCCGAAAAUUCCUUGUUAGCAAUUUCGUUUAAAAUUGCUUUGUCAGCAAUCGGGCUUAAAUGAGGAAUUACUCUUUUGUUCAAUUACCCUCCAUUCUCUCCGCUUGCAAUAGGUUGAGGGUUUCGAAAUGCAUCUUCGGAGAGAAGUAUGUAGGAAAGUUCGCUAAGAUAAGAGACCAAGGCUUGAGGAAAAACAGUCCGUGAUCGAUCGGGUACAUUGCACUCCCCUUUCCCUUCAACCUCAACCCUCAACCCAGCCCCUCCCCGUUCCAGGUUGAAAAGGACAAUGCAGCAACCUGGCCUGCAAUGGCGGACGUAUUAGCUGCGAGAGGCUCACAAAAGGCACUACGAAGGCUUUAGUUUUCUUACAUUAGUUUGAUGAUCAGUUUAACAAGGCAAAAACGAUGGAUAGUCAAGAUCUGUUGAAGAUAUCAGCAGAUAAUGAAAUGCACAAGAAGCACAAGAAAAGAACCAAGAAAAUAAAAGCGCAGCUCCAGGAACAGGUUGAGUUUUACUUUGGUAACGCAAACCUCCAGAAGGAUCGUUUCAUGAAACAAGAAAUCAGUAAGCACCCAGAUGGAUUUGUAGCAAUUUCAACAAUUGCUAGUUUUAACAGGAUGAAACAGAUAACAGAUGACAUAAGCCUUGUUGUAAAAGCCAUGAAAGUGUCCUCUAUGCUUGAGGUCAGCGAAGAUGAGACAAUGGUCAGACGUACAACUCCUGUUCCUGAGCCAAGAAAUGUUGAUGCAGAAACCAUCUACAUUGAAAGACUCCCACCUUAUGCUGAUCAUGACUGGCUGAAGGAAAUUUUUAGCAAGUAUGGGAAGGUGGUGUACAUCAGGUAUGGAAUAUCAUAUGUCGACUUGAGCAAAAAAAAAAGACAUUCUCAGCCGUCAGAUUAA